UCAGCUGGUCAGCAAGGUCUUCCAGGCCCUAAGGGAGAAAAAGGAGAGCCGUCCUAUGCAACAGGCAGAGGUGCUCGUGGGGACCGUGGUGCAACAGCACCCAGAGGACCCUCAGGCAUCCCAGGAACUCCUGGCAGAGAUGGACUUCCAGGCUUGCCAGGCCCUCCAGGCCCUCCAGGUGAUGGUGGGCUAGGUUUCCCAGGUGAAAAAGGUCUGCCAGGAUUACUUGGCUCCAAGGGCCAUCAUGGAGAGACUGGUUCUCCUGGCAUCGGAUAUCCAGGUCCUAGUGGAACUCGUGGGCCACCAGGUGACCCAGGGAUGGAUGGUUUUCCAGGGCAGCCAGGUCUUCCUGGCGCUGCAGGUAUCACCUUGCCCUGUGUAGUUCCUGGAGCAUAUGGUUCACCUGGGACUCCCGGCUUUCCAGGAUUGCCAGGUUCCAAAGGCAGCAAAGGCUUUCCUGGCAUUCCAGGGCAGCCUGGAUUACCUGGAUCAAAAGGACAGCUAGGGUCUCCAGGAAUAAUAGGCUUGCAAGGGGGACCAGGCUUCCCUGGGCCUCGAGGAGAGCAGGGGUCACAAGGACUUCCAGGACUGGAUGGGACAGAUGGGUUGCCUGGCAAGAUGGGUGCUUCAGGCUUAGCUGGAACUAAAGGAGCUCCCGGAGACGUGUUUGGUGCUGAGAGUGGAGCUCAGGGAGAACCCGGCAGACCUGGAUUCCCAGGUGAUAAAGGGCUGCCUGGGGAUCUUGGAUUUCCAGGACCGAAAGGGGUAGAUGGGAGACCAGGCCUCCUGGGCAUUAAAGGCGAACAGGGUAAUCCAGGAUAUACUGGCAUCCCUGGAUUGCGGGGACCUCCCGGACCUGGAGGUCCUUUUGGCAUUAAGGGAAAACCAGGACCCAUGGGAUCAGUUGGCCUUGUAGGAGCACAAGGCUGUCAAGGACUUCCUGGAGUCAAAGGACUGGCUGGAGAUAUAGGUCCACAAGGCCCUGCUGGGAUGAAAGGCUUCCCAGGUCCCGAUGGUGCUCCAGGCUCUCCUGGGGAACAAGGAUUCUCAGGUCCACCUGGACCUUUUGGUCAUGAUGGACGUCCAGGGUUCUCUGGGCCAAAAGGUGAGAAAGGAUCUCCUGGACUCCUUGGUUUUCCUGGCAUGCCAGGCCUGCCUGGUGUCCCUGGGGUGAAUGGGUUUAAAGGAACCACUGGCACAGCUGGAGGAAGAGGAAGCCCUGGGAUUCUGGGACUCCAAGGUCAAAAAGGUGACAGAGGUGAUGUAGGUCCCCCUGGCAUCCCUGUUCUUAGGCCUUCAGAACAGGCACUGCAAUUCAAAGGAGACAAAGGGGAGCCUGGAUUAGCUGGACUUGGAGGAUUUCCUGGACCUAGAGGUGACAAAGGAUUCCCAGGCAGCCAUGGACAGCUUGGUCUCCCUGGUCCAACUGGGUUACCAAGCAGAGAGAGUGGUUCUCCUGGUGACCCAGGUUUCCCUGGUCCAUCUGGACGUCUUGGACUGCCAGGACAGAAGGGUUCAACUGGUGACCGGGGAGAUUCUGUUGGUGUUCCUGGCAGUGCUGGAGCAAAGGGAGAGCAAGGGGACCCUGGAUUUCCAGGAGAGAGAGGGAGAGAAGGGCCCAAAGGUGAACCAGGAUACCCAGGAAGCACUGGGGUGAAUGGACUCAAAGGUGGCCCAGGAGAUCUUGGCCAAGAAGGACCAGCAGGAAUCCCUGGAAAUUCUGGACCGAGAGGAAUUGCUGGGCCACCAGGACCUCCAGGGCAGCCAGGAUCUGCCGGAUUCCCUGGAGCUCGUGGAACAGCAGGACCCAAAGGAUUUCCUGGAUUUCCGGGCUUAAAUGGUCUGAAUGGCUUGCCAGGCACAAAAGGGUCUCCUGGAACACCAGGUCUCAGUGAACCUGGACUGAAAGGUCCUGCAGGUCUCCCAGGUCCAAAGGGUGAAGAAGGUUCUCCAGGCUUUGGCAGAGGAGCUCUUGGAUUCCCUGGACCAAAAGGAUCAUCAGGAGACAUGGGUCCCCCUGGUCCUAUAGGAUUGCCUGGCUUGCCAGGAACACCUGGAAUUUCUCUUCCUUCUGAUAUACCUGGGAGACCUGGAGAUGCAGGCCACCCAGGAAUUGAUGGAAGUUCAGGUCUCCCAGGUCCUCCGGGUCCACGAGGGGCCCCUGGCCCAGCUUCUGAUCAAGGUGACACAGGCAAUCCAGGCUUUGCUGGUGUUCCUGGCUUACGAGGCAUUAAGGGUGACAUGGGACCUCCUGGUCCAGUUGGGCUCCCUGGAGCAUUUGGAUUCAAAGGUAUAAGGGGUGAGCCUGGCCUUAUGGGGAUGCCAGGUAAAGAUGGGCCUCCGGGGGACCCUGGUUACCUUGGGCUGAAAGGUGAAACAGGUCUUCGAGGUCUCCCUGGCCGACCAGGAGCUCCAGGUAUAACCCCACAGCCAGAAAAAAUCACAGCUCCUGCAGGCUUACCUGGUCUGCCAGGGAUCGAUGGGGUCCCUGGCUUUGAUGGAGAUCCUGGAUUCCAGGGCCCAGUUGGGAAACCAGGUGCAAAAGGUCUGCCAGGCAGAUCGGGUUUGAAAGGACGCGAUGGUUUAACUGGAUCACCUGGCAUAGUUGGGGAUCCGGGACCUUUGGGUGCUCCAGGACCACAGGGAUUUGAAGGUGUUGCUGGAAAGCCGGGCUCCCUUGGUUUGAGCGUGGGCGUUGGAUACACUUUGGUGAAGCACAGCCAGUCAGAGCAAAUCCCACCAUGUCCCAUAGGAAUGAACAAGCUCUGGGAUGGCUACAGCUUAUUGUAUGUGGAGGGGCAGGAAAAGUCACAUAACCAGGAUCUUGGUUUUGCGGGCUCCUGUUUGCCUCGCUUUAGCACCAUGCCCUUUAUUUACUGCAACAUCAAUGAAGUGUGCUAUUACGCCAGCCGAAAUGACAAGUCCUACUGGCUCUCCACCACGGCACCUAUCCCCAUGAUGCCUGUGGCGAGCAUACAGAUCGCCCAGUACAUCAGUCGGUGCUCGGUGUGCGAAGCACCUUCCCAAGCUGUGGCGGUGCACAGCCAGGAUAUCACUAUCCCACAGUGUCCUGUUGGCUGGCGUAGCCUGUGGAUUGGAUACUCUUUCCUUAUGCACACGGCAGCUGGGGCUGAAGGUGGAGGUCAGUCCCUCGUCUCACCUGGCUCUUGCCUGGAGGACUUCCGUGCUACUCCUUUCAUUGAAUGCAAUGGUGCUAGGGGAUCAUGCCACUACUUUGCAAACAAAUACAGCUUCUGGCUGACAACAGUGGAACAGUCACAGCAGUUUCUCAGUGCACCUCCCUCAGAAACUCUGAAAGCAGGACAGCUUCGAACACGGGUCAGCCGUUGCCAAGUGUGUAUGAAGAACUUGUAGGAAU